AUGGCUACCCCGUUCAACCCAUUCAGUGGACGAGGCCAGAGAGGAGCGGCCAACCCUACAAGCACGGCAAGCCGCGGACACGGGACACCAGCUGGGCGCGGCGGACAAUUUCCGCCAAGAGGCUCUAGCGCAGCUCGGGGGAAAUACAACGUCAAUCGAGGAAGAGGUCUGUCGCAGUCGCGCGGCCGGGGUCGGGGUCGUGGCGCUGGCGCUUCAUCCCCAGCCUCAUCGCAUUCGGGUUCGGGCACACAAUCUCCCCAAUUACAGCCUACCAGUUCUCCCUUCAACCAAUUGAGUCAGCAAAAACCCGCCUCAAAUCCUUUCGGAGCGCCAAAUACCCAGCAAAAAUCCCCCUUUGCUGGUAUCCAAAGCGCGCCAAUUUCUCAUACGGCCACCCAGGCUCCCCAAUUUAUACAAAAACCGAUUGCAGCAAACCCCGCUGGUGGUGGAUUGGGCAAUGUUCCGGUGGAAAAUGCAACAAUCUUAUCGCAAUAUCAUGAGCGCUAUGACCAGCUCAAAGUCGACCGUGCGAAGCAGAGGCAAAGGGCCAUCAAGGAUGGCCAGAUGGCCGAUCCAAAUCAGCCUACCUCACUGAACAAUGCCAUUACACCUGUAGGUACAUGUGCCAGCAUGUGUCCUGAAUUCGAACGCGUUGAGCGUAUAGUGCAAAAGAUGGUGGAUAAGAGUGAAAAGUACCUCCAUCCAUCAACUAGCACUCUUCAAAACAUGGAGACCAAAAUGUUAAAGCGGUUUCGACGAUCGGCUGCUGGAUAUGAUGAGCAACUCCCUUCUGAUAUUCGAACUCCAAACGCAUUGCUUCAGAGCACCAACUAUCUAAUCCGCCAUAUUGUUGGUGGGAAUGAGCCGCUAGGCAUCAUUCACAAGUUUGUCUGGGAUCGUACACGGUCCAUCCGCAAUGACUUUUCUGUCCAACAGGUCACGCAAGAAAGAGACGUCAAGAUCGCCGUGACUUGCCUAGAGAGGAUCGCUCGAUUCCACAUCGUAUCGCUCCAUCUCCUUUCCAGCCCGGAAAACGAAGAGCCUUUCGAUCGUCACCAGGAGCGUGAGCAACUUAACAACACAAUGUUAUCUCUCAUGUACUAUUAUGAUGACCACCGUGGACGCAUCCAUUUCCCGAAUGAAGAUGAAUUUCGCGCAUACUACAUCAUUUUCUCCAUUCACGACCAGCGGCCCGAUCUAGAAGCUCGAGUCUCGAAAUGGCCAACGUCUUUAUUGACAUCACCUCGUGUUCAGGUUGCAUUGGAAUUAUACGCAGCCGCUUGUAAUACUUGGGAGUACCAGGGAACCCUGGAUGCAAGGCGACCCAAUGCCAUUGCACAGGGGUUUUACACCCGCUUUUUCAACAUCAUCAACUCACCCUGUGUGUCCUACUUAAUGGCUUGCAUCGCUGAAAUCUACUUCAGCUAUGUUCGGCAGACAGCUAUCCGUGCGAUCUGGAAAGGUUACUGCAAGACACCCAUGUCUCAACAACAUAAAAACCAAGAAUGGACGGUAGAGGACUUGACCAGGGUAUUGCAUUUUGACGAUGAUGAAGAAACAAUAAAGUUCCUUGAGGAGCAGGAUUUGCAAACGGCAGAAAACGCCAACGGGGAGCUCUACCUUGACUGGGGUAAUCGCCCUGUUGAUUCCAUCGGAUUCUCACCAUCAUCUGAGCAUGCUUAUUCCGAGAUCACCGUAGAAUCAAAGCGGGGUGGAAGAAGCUUAGUUGCUGUCAUUCUGGGCAUGAACAUUCGGGAGGCAGCAACAAUGGGUUUGCUUGAUGAAUCUAAGCUACACGAGCAUGCGAAACCCUCUUCUCAAGGUGGCACUGGCGAGAUGAGCAAUUCUCCUCUCUUCGUUAGCGAGGAUGAGAACACGUUUUCUGCUCCUCUGGUAGAACCGGCCUUUUCUACACUGGAAAGUGAUCGCCUGACGGAGUCAUCCGCCUCAAGCACACCUAAUCCCUUCCAAACCACUCUGCCUGAUACAAGCCAACCAUCAGGCCUCCAACCCGCCAUAGCUCCCCCAAAGCCUUCGAACCCAUUCAAAGCUUCUCCUCUGAAUCCUUUCGCGUCCCCAUUCCCUAGCAGCACCGCGACCAACAACGCGCCUGCAACAUCUUCGACGGCUUUUAACCCGUUUGCUGCUGCUGUGAAGCCGACCACAUCGACGUCAAUUGCUCCUGCUCCGUCACCGCCUCCUUUCUCGUUUGGCAAACCAGCAGAAGAAGAGAAAUCUGUGACGAAGUCCACGCCUGCCCAGUCACCUUCACCUUUUGCUACUAGUGGCCUCUUCAAGCCGACAUCUGAGCCUUCAACUUCAGCUCUAAACCCAUUUGCCGCCUCUCUGUCAUCGUUAAAAGCUUCUCAAUCAUCGAACUCAACCCCUCAACAACCGACUUCGUUGUUUCCUACCGCCAGCCCUGGUUUCCCCUCGACGGCGCUCAAAGAUGCCAGUGCUGCAGAAGUCUCUACUUCUCAACCUGCCUCUAUGUUCUCAGCAUCAAAUCCUUCCUUCCCCUCCGCAGGUACAGGGGGUGUCAGUACCACGGAUGCCCCCACCCCCAAGCCAGCUUCACCAUUCAAUUUCGCAAGUCCUACACAGUCCUCGCAAUCACCUUUCACACUCCCUUCGUCCGACUCGGUGUCUCAAUCCCAGAAGAGUUCAUUGCCGCCGACUUCUGCCAUCGAUCCAGCUGAAAAGCCAAGGAGCCCCUUCAAUGGUGCCAAUGGUUUCCACAAUCUAGGACAGUCUUUCUCCAAGGUAUCUUCAUCAGAACAGCCUUUCUCCGAACAGAAGCAGAGUCAAGGGGUACUUCCAAAGGCGGCCCCGCCUGCUCAGUCCACUGGAAAGCCUCUAUCAGCUUCUAGUAUCCUUGCUACUGAGCCCUUUCCUUCAUCGCGGCCUUCAAACCCACUGUUCUCGGCUGUGAAGCCGACUGAGCAGGCGGAACAAAAGCUUCAAGAGGCCCCGGCAAAUGCAAAGCCGCCUUUCACGCAAUCGACGAAUUUGCAAUCUAUGUUUCCUCCCAAGACCUCAAUCAAUGACACCCCUAUCGGGAACAGUUACCAGCCCCAGAAGCCAGCACUACCUGCAGCAACGACCAAGACCAACUCAACAGAAUCUGAUAAAUCUGUUGCCUCGUUAAAUUCUUCCCUUUCGUCCCAGGACUCCCCUAAUCCAUCCAUCAAGCGGAAGUUUGAAGAUGGGCCUCCUGUUUAUGCGACAAAGGAAGAAGAACAAAAUGCCUGGCACGGCCUUCUCCAGCGACUCUCAGCGAAACAAGCCCGCAAAAGGGCGCGUAAACUGGAAUUAGAGCAGCAACAGGAAAGAGAAGCCGAACAAGAAGAGAGACGGAAGGCGCAGGAAGAGAAACGGAAGAGGGCGUUAGAGGAAGCAGCUGCGGACGAGUUACCGGAUGGACGAGAGUCGAAAGCUCUCAAGGUAUCCGAUCUACUAGACAAUUCGGCGCCCAGCAAGGAAUACUCUCUCUUCCAAGCAUCUACCAGAACUCUACCCACUCUACCCUGCUUGGAGACUUCCAAGGAAUCCACCGAACGCAAGGGACCGACCGAUGCCGAGAUUGAGGCAGCAGGCAGAGCUCGUCGACAACGCGAGAUCGAUCAGGAUGAGCUGCUUCUCUCCGCCGCCCGGAUUGCGGCCGAGCAGUUGAAGAACGGACCCAAGAUCUUUGACCCUCAUCCUUCUGAAAAUACCCAGGACCGCCACUCGUACAAUCUUCACAGGAGCUUUUCGGCUUCUACUCCAUACUCACAGAGUAUGUCACCACCUCCACCACCUGUGUAUCCAAAUCACGGGUACAACGUGGCCUAUGCUCCUGAUACACCGCUAGGCUUAGGUCGGACUAUGUCGCGUACUGAGCAGAGGAUUCGGCGGACUGGGGCUCAUGGUCUAGCCUACCUUCCCCUUGACUUCAGUCGUGCCCACAGUAAGAGUCUGGACGACAAGAACAAGUUCUCACGAAGUGGUUAA